CCGAUCCACUGCUGCCAUUCAGGAAUCCCGCUUGGCUCCGCUCAGGCCACCGCUUAAGCCCACCCGCCAAACUUCCCUUGUUCCUUUUUUCUUUUCUUCCGACGCCGUGAACCUCCUCAUUGUCCUACUACUAUCACCACAACCACAUCCCACCAUGGCCCACCCCAUGCUCCUCUCUCGCUCGCCCUCCUUCCUGGCUCCCUCGCGACGCUGCCUUCUCUCUCUUCCCACCUCUUCCGCCUCCGCCUCCGCCUCUCUCAGCGCCUCCCAAUCCCGUCGCCAUCUCCAUCUCCUCCGCCAGUCCACGACCCUCCAGACCAACAGCUCUCCCCGCCAACAAACCCGCCUCGUCCCCUCCUUUUCGUCAUCGUCAACCCGCCUCUACCACUCACAACACCACCCCGACCCCCCAGUCCACGAAUACACCAACUCGCAAACCACCAUCCUCUCCGCCGCCCUCCGACACAUCCCGGAGCAUGGCUUCACCCGCGACGCAUUGAUCCUGGGCGCUCGCGACGCCGGCUUCCUCGACGUCUCGGUGCAGCUGUUCCCGCGCGCCGAGUUCGACCUGAUCUUGUUCUGGCUGGCGAGUCGACGGGGCUUGUUGCGCGCCAGCGUCCACGAUGGCCUGUUGGAGCAAUAUGCGGGUGCUUCCGUGGAGCAGAAAAUCAAGGUCCUGUUGAUGGAACGGUUACGGAUGAAUGUGGAUGUUAGGCAUCAGUGGCAGGAUGCCCUAGCCCUCAUGUCCCUCCCCAGCAACGUCCCCCUCUCGCUCUCCGAACUACACGCCCUCUCGGACGAUAUCCUGAACCUCGCCGGCGACACCUCCGUCGACACAACAUGGUACACCAAGCGGCUGUCCGUGUCCGCCAUCUUCGCGUCCGCUGAAGUCGUCAUGACCCGUGAAGCGCCGGGCUCGAGCCUCGCGGAUACCGAGGCUUUUGUGGACCGUCGCGUCGAGGACGUCAAGGCUCUUGGGGAGAAAUUGUCGGGCGUGAAGCAAUGUUUGGGAUUCAUGGGUUCUACGGCUGUCGGGGUGGGGAGGAGUUGGGGUUUGAAGAUUUAAUUUGGAGGGUUGAUUUUGGUUGAUAGAGUUCUCUUGUGAACUGAACUUUGGGGGUGGUUGAGUAGGUUGGGUUGGAUGGGAGUGUACGUUUACUGGUAGAUUAUUCAUGUAUAUGUAUAGUAGUAUAAUUACAUUGGUUUUAUCUUACACCAC